CUCCCAGACUCCUUGCAAGAACGUGAUAUGAUUAUCGUGAAAUGCUGCACAAUGCCACUUUCUGUCUGGUCCCCCGUGGCCGGAGGCUUGGAUCCUUCAGGUUCUUGGAGGCCCUGCAGGCUGCCUGUAUUCCUGUGAUGCUCAGCAAUGGAUGGGAACUCCCAUUCUCCGAGGUGAUUGAUUGGAAUCAAGCUGCCGUCAUAGGAGAUGAGAGAUUGUUAUUACAGAUCCCUUCUACAAUCAGGUCUAUCCAUCAGGAUAAAAUCCUAGCACUUAGACAGCAGACACAGUUCUUGUGGGAGGCUUAUUUUUCUUCAGUUGAGAAGAUUGUAUUGACCACACUAGAGAUUAUUCAAGACAGAAUAUUUAAGCACAUAUCCCGUAACAGUUUAAUAUGGAAUAAGCACCCUGGGGGGUUGUUCGUACUGCCACAGUAUUCAUCAUAUCUGGGAGAUUUCCCUUACUAUUAUGCUAACCUAGGAGUCAAGGCCCCAUCCAAAUUCACCGCCGUCAUCCAUGCAGUUACUCCUUUGGUUUCUCAAUCUCAACCUGUGCUGAAGCUCCUGGUGGCAGUGGCCAAGUCCCAGCACUGUGCCCAGAUCAUUGUCUUAUGGAAUUGUGAUAAGCCCCUCCCUGCGAAGCAUCGCUGGCCUGUCACUGCUGUGCCUGUCAUUGUUAUCGAAGGAGAAAGCAAGGUGAUGAGCAGUCGCUUCCUGCCCUAUGAGAACAUUGUCACAGAUGCUGUUCUAAGCCUCGAUGAGGAUACGGUGCUUUCAACCACUGAGGUGGAUUUUGCCUUCACAGUCUGGCAGAGUUUUCCAGAGAGGAUUGUGGGUUAUCCUGCCCGUAGCCAUUUUUGGGACAACACUAAGGAGAGGUGGGGCUACACAUCAAAAUGGACUAAUGACUAUUCCAUGGUAUUGAGUGGAGCUGCUAUUUACCACAAAUAUUAUCACUACCUGUACACUCAUUACCUGCCUGCUAGUCUGAAGAAUGUGGUGGACCAAUUGGCCAAUUGUGAAGACAUUUUGAUGAAUUUUUUGGUGUCCGCUGUGACAAAAUUGCCUCCCAUCAAAGUAACACAGAAGAAACAGUAUAAGGAAACCAUGAUGGGACAGACUUCCAGGGCUUCUCGGUGGGCUGACCCAGAUCAUUUUGCUCAGAGGCAAAGCUGCAUGAACACUUUCGCCAGCUGGUUUGGCUAUAUGCCGCUGAUCCAUUCUCAGAUGAGGCUCGAUCCCGUGCUCUUUAAAGAUCAGGUCUCCAUCCUGAGGAAGAAAUAUCGAGACAUUGAACGACUUUGAGGAGCCCAGCCGAGGGGUGGGCGGGAAUGGGAACUGGAUGGUUCACCUAGCCCAGCGCAAAGCUACAGAUCCUCGAGUCAGGCCGCGCCAAGGGCAAGUAAACCCAAAAAUUUGCAACAUGCCAAUGUAGUAGCCAAGUAGCUCUGGAUCCAAAGGAAAAACUGGGUGCGCUGGACUGCUUUGAAACCCCCCUCACAGGCUGCAGGUCCUCAAGACUAGGUUGUGUACAGUUUCAUUAUGGAACAUUAAAUAAUUAUUUUUUGAAAUGAUUGCUAUGCAGGUUUAAACUUUUUUAAUGAUAAAAAUCCCUAUUAAAACAGAGUUCUUUCUUUAAUCAAAAUUGUGUUGAUUGUUGUGACUCUUUCAAAGGUGCUAGCCUUUUGAAAAAUAUUCCCAUAAAAAUUUGGUCUGAGGCAAAGCUGGGGGCAAUAUGUUAGUCUUUAUUAGGAGAGGAAGCUGUGUUUCUUUUGUUGAAAAUGGGACCAACAUAGAGACAUGCAAAGCAUGUUCAAAAAUACAAAAGCAUGUGGCAACGCACCAGUGUUUGAGGUUUGCUCCAGAGGCCCCAGGAUAGAAAUCUGUUCCAUCCCACCUAAAGUCACACUUCCUUCUUCCUUUUCCAACUUCCACCACAUUCUGUUUCAUUUGAUUGAAUGGAGGCUAGCAAUUGCAGGACAGUGAAAUGAAAGGGAGGGGGUCAUUUUUUCCCCUAUUACCUGCCAAGGAAGGGCCAAAAGAAGCAGUUACUACUACGUCAGUGUAAGGAUUGAGAUCCUUUAUCUUUAAAGGUUAGAAUAAGUACUUUGAAUUAGGUUUGGAAAAGUAGUGAUUGUUACAAUUCUCCUUGCUCCUUCUGGAUAGCCCCAGUGCUGGUCAGUGAUGGACAGACCUCACUAAAAAGCAACACAAGGGGCAAGAAUGUCUCCCCUGAUGGCUGGAGAAACUGUGAUACCUUUUUCUCCUCUUCUGCUUCUUCCAUUUUCCUCAUUUUGAGAUAGUGCCUUGAAGAAAUAAAACACCAAACUGGGCCAUGGGCACCAACAACCUGUGAAUGUUUUGUUUUACAGUACCAGGGUCCUGCACGACGUGGU